AUGUCCAACUACACUUCUAUCACCGAAAAGUCUGUUGAUGGCAGCCAUGUUGGUCUAGAAAAAACUAUUAAGAUGUCCAACUACACUUCUAUCACCGAAAAGUCUGUUGAUGGCAGCCAUGUUGGUCUCGAAAAAACCAUUAAGAUGUCCAUCUACACGUUUGUCGCUGGAAAUAGGGAGAAGUUCUAUCCUUCGAGCUCUCAACAGCAGAAACGAGAUCAGAAGAGAAAAUCUGGAGACAACAUACUCCAUGAAGCCUGCAGGGAGGGUGAUGUUAGCCGAGUGCAAUACAUCUUAACUGAAGGUCAUGUUGACCUCAACAGUAGAGAGAAGGAGCACCGGAUGACACCAUUGAUGUUGGCAGCACGUUGGGGAGAAACAGAGGUGUUUGACUUAGUCAUGAGUAAAGGAGGCAAUGCUUCACUUGUGGAUAUAAAUGGUGAUAACAUCCUACAUUUGGCCUGUCUUGGAGGACAUGUGGAGAUGGUGAGGUACAUCGCCUCACAGAAGAUUGUGGACAUCAACAGUAGAGGAGUAUACGGGAGGACACCACUGAUGUUUGCAGCAAUUAAGGGUCAUAGAGGCGUGUUUGACUUAGUCGUGAGUACUGGAGGCAAUGCUUCACUUGUGGAUACAAAUGGUGAUAACAUCCUACAUUUGGCCUGUCUUGGAGGACAUGUGGAGAUGGUGAAGUACAUCCUCUCACAGAAGAUAGUGGACAUCAACUGUAGAGGAAUGGUUGGGAGGACACCAUUGAUGAUGGCCGCAGGGAUGGGACAUAAAAGAGUGUUUGACUUGCUUGUUAGUAAAGGAGGUGAUGUGUCUGCAGUUGAUGUUAAUGGUGGCACGAUCCUGCACAUGCCCUGUUUCAGUGGCCACAUUGAAAUGGUGAAGCAUAUUCUUUCUCAAGAUAUUGUAGAUAUUCACGCCAAGGACAAGGAUGGGGAUACGGCAGCGAUGAUAGCAAAACGUGGAAAGCACAUGAAAGUGUACGACCUCAUUAUUUCGCAGGGCUGA